AUGAACAGGACCUUAUCGCAUCGCCGUCUGCAACGUCGUCAAGGCCAACAUUUCAGUCUUUUCCCCUCUAUUUCUUCAACACAUCCAGCCGGUACGAGAUUUCGAAGCUAUUUCGCCGAUAUUUUGGAACAUCGCCGAUAUUUUGUCAACGGCAGCUGCAGAGGCGGCGGGUUCGCGCAUUUUGGAGAUCAAAUUAGCGAACCAUGUAACUCUGCCCCGAACCAGGUAGCUCUGGUUCGUCCCCUUAAAACCCACAAAACAGUACAGCUCUUAGGCAAGUUCCCAAUGUCCGCUGACCUGCGUCGCAUGCACCCUUCUCUCAAGGUACACUAUCAUACUUUCAGCUCCACUCGAACCUUAAUUACAAGCUCCCGAAGCUUUGAUUAUUUUACUCAGUUUUUGCCAUUUGCUAAUGACCCCAGCUCCAAAUCCUUGAGCUCUAUAAACUCUAAUGAACGACGUAAAGUCACUGUUGGGUUAUCAAGACUAAUAAAGAAGCAACAAGUCUACGCUUUGAAGGAGUUUUCUAGACGGUUUUGCCCAUUAUUGCUGGCACAGGUUAUGAAACUAUUAGGCUCUAGAGAAACUGCAUUUGGAUUCUUUAAAUUAGCCUUUAGGGAUGAUAGUGAACAAAUUGUGAGGUCUUGUUGUAUUGUUGCACAUUUGUUGGCAGGGGAGAAUCUACGUUUUCUAGCUCAAGAUGUCGUUUCGUGUGUAAUUGCGAAAAUUGAGCCGAGUAGGAGUAGAGAUUUGGUGGGGUUUAUGUGGGCAGGUCAUUGUGAAUAUGAGUCAGAUUUCUCAGUUCUUGAUACACUUAUGAGGGGUUUCUUGAAGGUGGAAAUGGGUUUGGAGGCGUUGGAGAUUGUGAGUAGGAUGAGGGAGGUGGGGUUGAGGCCGAGUUUGUCAGCAAUUACGAAUCUUUUCAGGCUUUUGAUUAGGAUUGGUGAUUAUGGUAGUGUCUGGAAGGUGUUAAGGGAUAUGAUUCGGAAAGGGCCUCGCCCCUCAAAUUAUACUUUUUAUGUAAUGAUUCUUGGGUUUUGUAGAAAAGGGUUGCUUAGAGUCGGAGAGAGUUUAUUACAUGUGAUGUGGAAAUUCCAGUGUGAUCCGGAUGUUAUUACAUAUAACACUGUGAUCAAUGCAAAUUGUGUGAGGGGACAGACACUAGAUGCACUUCACUGGGUGCAUUUGAUGACUUCAAGGGCCUGUAAACCGAGCAUUGUUACAUUUAGUACCAUUUUAAAUGCCUUAUGUAAGGAAGGAAAUCUGGUGGAAGCUAGGAAGCUUUUUGAUGGGAUCCCAGAUAUGGGUUAUUCUCCUAGUACCAUAAUAUACAAUACCAUGAUGGACGGGUAUGUUAAGGGAAGGGACAUGGGUCAGGCAAACAUGAUAUAUGAAGAAAUGAGGAACAAGGGAGUAUCUCCUGAUGGCAUAACUUUUAAUAUCUUGAUUGCUGGGUAUUACAAGUAUGGAAGGGAAGAGGAUGCAGACAGGUUGUUAAGGGAUUUAUCUGUAUCAGGGCUGAUUCCAGAUUCUUCAUUGUAUGAUAUCUUGGUUUCUGGGUUAUGUUGGGCAGGUCGGUUGGACGAUGCCAUGGAAUUUUUAGAGGAUAUGCUAGAAAAAGGUUUACCGCUAAGUGCUGUUGCUUUCAACUCAGUUAUUGCAACUUGCAGCAGAGUAGGGUUAGAACACAAGGCCUAUAAGGCCUAUAAGUUUAUGAUUGCAUUUGGUAUAACUCCUUCAUCUUCUACAUGUAGCUCUUUGCUUAUGGGUUUAUCCAAGAAGGGGAACCUGCAGGAAGCCAGAGAACUUUUGUGUAAGAUAAUAGAGAAGGGGUUUCCGAUAAAAAAAGCUGCUUUCACGGUGAUUUUGGAUGGGUGCUUUAGAAUUGGUGAUUUAGAUGGGGCUCAAAGUUUGUGGAAUGAGAUGAAAGGAAGAGGGAUAUGCCCUGAUGUUGUUGCCUUUUCAGUAUUUAUCAAUGGACUAUCUAAAGCUGGUCUAGUGGAAGAAGCAUAUGACAUAUUCCUGGACAUGUCAAGGAAAGGGUUCGUGCCUAACAAUUUUGUCUAUAAUUCCUUGAUUGGUGGGUUUUGCAACUGUGGGAAGUUGAAUGAUGCAUUGAAGUUGGAGAGUGAGAUGAGGAAAAAGGGUCUUCUUCCAGAUAUCUAUACAACCAAUAUAAUCAUUAAUGGGUUCUGUAAACAGGGGAGAAUGAAGUCAGCAGUUGAUACAUUUAUGGACAUGUACCGAUCUGGGUUAAUACCAGAUAUUGUCACGUACAAUACCUUAAUUGGCGGUUAUUGUAAAGCAUUUGACUUGGCUGGAGCAGAUGAGUUUUUGUGUAAGAUGCAUGCCAGUGGGUGGGAACCAGAUAUCACAACCUAUAAUAUACGUAUGCAAGGUUUUUGUAGUGUCCGAAAAAUAAAUCGAGCUGUAAUGAUGCUGGAUGAGCUUGUUUCAAGAGGUGUUGUUCCAGACACAGUUACAUACAACACUUUGAUGAAUGGUGCUUGUGUUGACAUACUGGAUCGUGCUAUGAUUUUAAUGGCUAAACUGCUUAAGGUGGCCUUUCUUCCAAAUAUUGUUACAGCUAAUGUAUUGUUGUCUCAGUUCUGCAAGCAGGGGAUGCCUGAGAAGGCUCUAAUGUGGGGUCAGAAGUUGAGUGAUAUUCCAAUUUGGUUUGAUGACAUUACCUACAAACUAUUGGAAAGAGCCUAUCAUAAUAUGCAAGAAGGUUCUAAAAUUUCCAGUGGGACACCUGAAAAAAGCCUCUUCCUGGAUUUCCUCAUGUACAUUACAUAUGAUUACUUAUGUAGAAAUAAACCUCGCAGAUAG